AUGGCCGAUACGCUCCCCAUCGGUUACCGGUUUUCUCCGUCCGACGAACAACUCUUCUUCUAUUACCUUGCGCAUAGGGUGAGAGGGGAUUUAUCGUUUUCCGGAUUCAUCCCCAAGUUCGACGUGUACGAGAAGGAACCGUGGAAGUUCUUCGACGAGAACGCGGACAGGAGCUUGUACGUCUUCACCAAGAUCAAGAUGAAGAAGUCCAGAGCGGAAAGGACGGCGGGGUCGGGGUUCUGGAAGGGGGUGAAAACCACCGACAUCGAAGAUCAUCAGGGCAAUAUCGUCGGCCACAAGAAGCACUUCAACUUUAAAGUGAAAGACGGCUCGUCUUUCGAACGCGAAAACGCAGCAAAGGGAUCUUGGAUCAUGCACGAGUACUCCAUGCUUAAACAAGAAGUGAGUCGAAUUCUCUUGCUCUACCAUCUUUUAUUUAUUGCGAUGUAA